GUGGCAGCGGGGCUGCGCGGCGCCGUGCGGGAAGCAGCGGAGAGGCGGCAGCGCUGAGGUCGGUCGGAGGCCUCCUCCCCGCCGUGCUCCCGCGGCCGGCGCCGUGGGCAUGCGGGCGCGGCCUGUGCGCGCGUGAGCGAGGAUGGGGACGCAGGGCAGCCCGGUCAAGAGCUACGACUAUCUGCUCAAGUUCCUGUUGGUGGGCGACAGCGACGUGGGCAAGGGCGAGAUCCUGGAGAGCCUCCAGGACGGGGCGGCCGAGUCUCCGUACGCCUACAGCAACGGCAUCGACUACAAGACAACGACCAUCCUGCUGGACGGCCGGCGGGUCAAGCUGGAGCUCUGGGACACGUCGGGCCAGGGCCGGUUCUGCACCAUCUUCAGGUCCUACUCCCGAGGCGCCCAGGGGAUUCUCCUGGUGUAUGACAUCACCAACCGCUGGUCCUUCGACGGCAUCGACCGCUGGAUCAAGGAGAUUGACGAGCAUGCGCCUGGGGUCCCCCGGAUCCUGGUUGGGAACCGGCUGCACUUGGCCUUCAAGCGGCAAGUACCAACGGAGCAGGCGCGCGCCUACGCGGAGAAGAACUGCAUGACGUUCUUUGAGGUCAGCCCGCUGUGCAACUUCAACGUCACCGAGUCCUUCACGGAGCUGUCCCGCAUCGUGCUCAUGCGGCACGGCAUGGAGAAGAUCUGGAGGCCCAACCGAGUGUUCAGCCUGCAGGACCUCUGCUGCCGUGCCAUCGUCUCCUGCACCCCCGUGCACCUCAUCGAUAAGCUCCCGCUGCCUGUCACCAUCAAAAGCCACCUCAAGUCCUUCUCGAUGGCCAACGGCAUGAAUGCUGUCAUGAUGCACGGGCGUUCCUACUCGCUGGCCAGUGGGGCCGGGGGCGGCGGGAGCAAGGGCAACAGCCUCAAGAGGUCCAAGUCCAUCCGCCCCCCACAGAGCCCGCCCCAGAACUGCUCCAGGAGCAACUGCAAAAUUUCUUAGCCGGGCAGGCAAGUGCCGCCUGCGCCUGCCCAGAUGCACUCGGCGAGUGAGGGCUCAGGAUUGGGGGGGCUCCCGGCACCCUGUACAGGGAAGACUUUGGCCACACGGCCCCUCCCGGGAGCAUGGGUGCGCCUAACAGGCAGGUGGUCUCCGCCAGAUGAGCAAGCCCCGGUCCCCACGUGCCACGCCUGGUCCCGCCUCACGGGGACUGGCCUGCGUCCCCACAGAGCCUGGCUCGCUCUUUUAUUUAUAUAGAAGACAUUUCACCACUUUUGUACCUUUUUAAAGGGCUGACAGGGAAGCCUUAAUGCAGCCACAGGGUGAACUUGAGUCCAUGCGUGGGGACGAACUUUGGGACAUUGGAGAGGGAGGGAUUUGCGGCAAAGACGGGAACGAGUCCACUGUCACAUACACUUCAUGUGGGGUACGGACUGUGCACGGGCCCGUGGGGACACGUGGAGCUUUGGGCAGCAGUCUCAGCCCCCCCUGCCCAUUCCGGCCUUUCUGACAUGGUGACCAGGGAGCCCACCACACAGUGCUGGGCAGAGGAGCCUGUGUGGUCCUGGCAGGCGGCACAGGGGGGCCGCAGCUUCUUGGAUGAUGUCCCAGCAUGUCAUGGAGCCAUCGGAUCCCAAGUGGAGCACCGGCGUUUCUGCAAGAGGAGAAGCGGGGUGCGCCCCACACCCUUUCCUGUGUGGGGGCAUCUUGGGUCACGUUUACAUAUGUUGCUACGUGAGACAGGCUCACUGUCUCCAAGUGAAGACGCAGAGCUAUCCGUGGGUGAUAAACCCGCAAGCGACUGCCAGGUGCUUCGCAGGUCUGUACAGAGUCACUGCCCACUCGCCUCCUGGGCGUCUGGACCCCGCUCGCCAGCUUCUGUUCCCUGACCUUGGUGUCACCCCAUAGCUGCUCCUCGCCCAGCAUCACCCCUCGAGGUCAUGUGUCACCAGGACCAUGCUGACCCAUUUCUUAGUGGUGCCACCUGGAGCAGCCACAGCAGUGAAGCCCUUCUCUAGGACCUGGCGGCCAGCCCUGAGCUGGCAGCCUGGCCUCCUUUCACCUGCCUGGCUGGUGACAUAGCCACUGGUCACACUGGUGCUUAACUCUACCUCCUGCCAGGCCCUCCCUGGGCCUGAACCCCCCCCCCAUUCUGGGACCCCUCUGUGGUGGGUGUUCCCCCCACGGCAGCCCCGUGUCCGCUGUUCUGGGGGGCUCGUUGCGGGGGGGCCGAGGCCCAUGGGAGCCAGGGUGCCGGGGAGCCCCUGCCCACGCCUGGCCACCAGCAGGGUUGGGCAGAGGAGGCCCCGCCUGUCCUGCCAACCCCGCCCCUUUCUUUGGACUUUGAACCAAACCACAGGGACUUUCUCUUGAGGACGUGGAUUGCGCUGCGUUCCCCACACACACACUACCCUUCGCUGCUGACACUCGCACCAUUCCUGACUUAGUUUCGGACCGUUUCUUUGUACAGUAAAUGGAAUUCAGCUCUGACCUCCAGGCUGCAUUUUACGUGAAUUAAAGUCU